UGAGAGUUAGUGCGGCGGGCAGAGUACAGUUGGCCUUAAGUUGUGGUGGAAGGAGGUUGUGGCGGCUCCUGCUCCGCUCUAGCACCAAAUACACCUCCGUUUCUUUCUAUACAUCAGCCUCUACCCCAGGCAUAUAUAUUUGUGUAGUCCAGUAUAUAUAUUUAGAGCAAAUCUGGUGUGGGUAAUAGUGUGAAUUGAGGGAGUGUGAGGCGUAUUAAGUGGUCUCUACAAGGCUCAAGUGGACCCAAACAGCCUUAAAGUGUUUUAAAUCCAAAUCCGACUGGAUUAUUAUUUUUUUUUUAAGUGGGAUUACAUCUUGUGUAGAAAACCGUACCGCGAGUGGCGCUACCAGCGGAGGAGUGGCCGGGGAACUGGGCCCCACUCCAGCUACCACCUGCACCUCCCACACUACUCGUCGCUUCCACUUGCAGGGUGCAGGUAUGAUCCUCGUGGCUGUUGUGAGUGGCUUUCUGAUGUCUGGCGGGGGCCUCAUGCUAUUCUCCACACCAGACCUCAACAACUUAGUUGAACCUUCUCAUCAAGAUUACAACAGAGGCCAUGGUGGUGACCAACCGGUGCAGCCCCUGCCCUGCCUCCCCUGCUGCUGCCUCUGUCUGGAUGGUUUUCGUGACAUUGGCAGACACAAUGGAGCCGUAAGAUUACAGAGAUGUUGAGGAUUGUGUCUUCUGCAUGCGUCUCAUGGGUGUGAUUACGUACACAGCCCACAUGAACCCUACCGGCAAUGUCACCUACACACAUAAAAAGUUCAAGCGGGCCCCAAUUGAGGCCUGUGACACUGUGGAAAAGCAGCAGUUGCACCACGAAGAGAGUGGAAAGAAAGUCAAGUCAGAAGCUUCUACAAAACUUGCAAAAUCCGAAAGGGUGACUGUGGAAGUGACUCCGUCUCCUCUCAAUGGAUUCCUUUCCUCUCCAACUUCAAAUAAUUUUUCUGGAAAUACUGGUCAGUUGUCUUUGGAAUCUGAUGAUGGUAAGAAGAGGAAUACUGGGAACAGUGGUGGGAAGUACAAAUGUGAAUAUUGUGGGCUGGGAUGUGCCAAACCCUCGGUGCUGGAUAAACACAUCCGCACUCACACCAAUGAGCGGCCUUAUAGCUGCGACCAAUGUAGUGUAGCCUUUAAAACCAAAAGUAACUACCUGAAACAUACCAGAUCUCGAGCUCAUGCCCUUAGAUGUGAUGGUGGGAUUCAAGAGGGCAGUGAUGGAACAGUAGAAUCCAGUGACAACCUUGAAGUAGAGGGAGAUGAAGGUUCAAGAUGUCCCAGCCGAGAAAGUGGCCAGCAGUGCCAACCAGCUGAUUUGUCUGUGGCUGAAGUCUCCAUCGCAGAUCGUCAACCAGAUUUUACAGGUACUUCAGCUGCCUCAAGAGUGCACCCAGAAGAGUUUGGGAAAGAUCGGGGAAGUUUUAUAUACAAACCUAAAUUCCGCGUUCGUGGUCAGUAUUCCCUUCAGGAAGACAGUAUACCUAUGGGACACUCUCCUCCCAUACAAAGACAACAGUCAACCCCACCUCAGGAUGUCACCACAUUUGACUGUAAUACCAUCAUUCCUUCAACAUAUCAAAUCCAUGCUGCCUCCAACCUUAAUCACCCCAAUCCUCACUCAAGCCCUUCCAGUGUCUCCAAACAAUGCCUUCCUCCACUUGAUAUUCGGGCUGCAAAUAGGAAGGAUGAAGGAGCAGUGUCUGGUCAGCGUAAUUCAGUGGUAACCUCUCAGACUGUAAGUUCUUUAUGGAAAGGGAUGAAGUCUCCUAGUCCAGAAUUAGUAGGGCAACAUAUCACUAAACUGAUUGUUGAAAACCAAGCCAUUGUAGAAACUCAUAACCCAUUAUGGUCACGGCGUUACAAGCGCCAGUCUAGCCUUGGCUCCUCAUCAAGUGAGAGUGAUGGGUCUGGCAGUGGUAAAAGUCGGAGAUAUAGUAUCACAGAUUCAAACAUCAAAAAUUCUAAAUCUUCUGCUUCUGGUCCCCUUCCUGUAGUUUCAGGGCCUGUACAAUCACAUCCCCGAGAACGAAGUCAUUCCCUCACUGCUGAGGCUAUAAUGGUUGAAUCACGGUCUUCGUACAGCCCCAGUCUUCCACCCACCCCACACCUGCAUCUUGCUCAGCCUACAGUCAACCCAAUCAGUGCUUCCAAACCUUCCAUAUCAUCACAAGGACCUACUACCUCUUAUUCUCAGUCUGCACCAACUUUCACUGCCUCUCAUGUUACCAUGGUGGACUUUGGCAUAAUAGAUGCGUCACGCAAGAGGUGCAUCUCUGAGGGCCCUAGCAUUGUGCGAGACUUAUCAAAAAGUCGAGCGAUACCUGAUGAUCCACUUCACCGACAACAUCCACAAAAUCCUGAGGGCUCUGUUAUAAAAAACCUUCUUUUAACUGCCCGUGAUGGCAUUGUAAAUGCCAUUGAUCAAAACCUAGAACGACAAGACCGGCAAAGAAUGUCCAACCAAGUUGUUCCUGUAGGUGACAUUGGCUCUCACUUAUGUUCACAAUGCAGGAUAUCAUUUCGAAAUACUGAUGAGUUGGACUAUCAUCUGCGUCAUCAUUGUGGCCAGAGGCCAGGAGCUGGAAGUGAAAGAGGUACCCCAGAUUCUAUUAAAAGUGGCGAUGGGAGCCGAUGGCCUGGAGAGCAAGAUGUAGCUUUAGAUCUACAAAAGAAACAUGAAUAUAUGGAUCAACUUGACCGCGAACGGUCGUCAUCAAGAGGAUCAUCGGUUGGGGAAGCCUCACACAGACGCGGUUCGGAGGAGGAUUCUAAAUAUCACCGAGAAUUGUCACCUAAGGUAUAUAGAAGUAAAUCUACUACAGAUGCAGCUCCGCCUCCUACAAAAAAAAGAAAAAUGUCUGAUAUUGAUAACACGAUACAAGAGAGGUCCAUGUUUCUUUCACCAAUUUUUUCUUCUAAGGGACAAGGGGGAAGCAAGAAUGAGUCUUGCAUAAAAAUAAUGGAGGAUAUCAACAAACAAAAAUUCAAUAAUUGCCAACUCUUUGGUGGUGAAGUUCAAAUCUGUGAUGGAAAUGAAUUUAAAACAAUAAGGAUAGAUACUAGCCAACCUCCAAGCCCAGCCAUAGAUAUCUGCAUCCCACCUCAACAGUUGGGAGCCAAUAUAUCUAAAUCAGAUGUGUCUGUCCCAACAUCAGUGGUAGUUACAAUUGCUAAAUCUGGUCUCAACUCUGGCGGAACAAUGGUUCAGGUUGAAAACCAAAUAAGCACAUCAUCUACCAAAACUGUUCCAAGCUUAGUAAGCUCAUCGCUGAACCGUGAGAAGUCGGUUCUUUCACAAAGCUUACCAAAGGCAGCUCAUUCUCCUAAUGUGUACAAUACUGACAGUGGACAGUUUCCAUUUUCAUCGCCUUUUCUACAAUAUGCUCCACCUCUUCAAAUUCCCAACUUGGCUAUUCCUGGAAUUCCAACUCCCGACUUGGGAGGAUUAUCUUUUUCUGCAUACACUCCUCGUGUCUCAGGCCAAACAUUUCUCCAUGGACAGACAUCCCUCAUGCAUGGGAUUUUAGGAAAUCACAAACAAAAUACUGUUCGAUCCCCUAUAGUAUCAUCUAGGGUUUCUCCUGGAAAUUUUUCAACAACUGUGAGCAUGUCGGGAGUCUCGUCGGGUUCCUCUGGAAUUAUGCAUGGAGGGGCAAGUGAGGCUUCUGUAGGAGACAAUACUUCUGGACUACAUGCUUUUUUAGCUAAGGACAAGGAAAAGGAGCAUGUAAAGAUGCAAUCUAAGCUGCCAUCUACUGGUUAUCCUGCUCUUAUUCCUGUUGGGGAUGAGAAGGUGCCAUAUGUCCCAGGGAUCCCAGGACCAUAUUCUCAGGGCAGUGUGCUGCAACCCCCACCUCACUCCAUACAGAGAAGCCCGUUAAUAUCUCUCACUCCUCCUAUCUCGGCUCCUGUGCCCUUGAGUGCUCCUGUCUCAUCUGUUCCCUCUCUUCCAGCACUAAUAAGCACAGCCAGAGAGAGGAAUCUUACAGUUCCUAAGUCAAAAGAGAUAUCGAGAGAGCAUGCAAAAAGUCCAGUCAGGGAGCAGAGUCAGUCAUUAACGGGUGGAGUCAAAAUCCCUCAUCGGUUGUCUCCAAGAAUGUCUUCAGUUAUUGGUAAAGCUCCAGAACUUAGAGCAGUUAAUCCAGAAAUUAGAAUUCAUCCACCACAGGUAGAGCCGGUACCUCAAGAAAAGAAGACCUCCGAUAGGUUUAUGUUUCCUCAUGAAGAUUCAAAUUAUGAAAGUUGUUCAAAAGACGAAUCUUCUGACUCGGAAGAAUUCCUGCCACCCCUGAAACGUCCAAAUUUUUUGCCUUUAAAGCCACAACCAUUUAUGCCAAAAUCUUCUCUUGCUUUGAUUGGGACAACUUUAGUUAGCCCUGACACUCCACGACCUAAAAAGAGUUGCGUUCAAAUGUUGUUGAAUGGAUCAGCUUAUACAUAUUUAGGGCACAAAGUGUCUACAAAGUCAUAUUUUUGUUGUAUAUACAGACAGCAGCCGAUGUAUGUACCACAGUCAACUGAUCCGAAGCUGUCUAUGUAUUCUAACUGGCAAAUAAGAAAGCCAGCUGAAGACAAUCCUUUUAAGUUAACACCAUAUCAGGGAAUGGGACUGUAUGAGUCACGAAAGCAUGAUCAUGCAUAUACCAUUGCAAAGCCUAAAGAAUUAAAUUUAAUUCAAACGCACUCAUCUUAUUGGACAUUUAAGGAAGAAAAGGAGAAAAAUAAAGGAAAGGAAGACAAAUCAAAGGACAAAGAUUCAAAGGAUAUCAAAAUUGAAGAAUUGAACUCGAAUAUAUGCGACCAAAAUGCUAGUGACGGAAGCAGUAGUGUGUCAGUAAAACGCGAGUCUGAUGAUGAGAGUGUUGGAUCCCCGUGUAAAGUCACUGAUGAAGCAGAGGGCUCUGACAGUGGUUCAGCUAAGCGUAUUAAAAUUUUUGAAGGUGGUUUCAAGAGCAGUGAAGACUAUACGUAUGUGAGAGGACGUGGUCGAGGGAGGUAUGUGUGUGAAACCUGUGGAAUUCGCUGCAAGAAACCAUCAAUGUUGAAGAAGCACAUACGUACACACACAGACCUUCGCCCAUAUGCCUGUGGCCACUGCACUUUUAGCUUCAAGACCAAAGGAAAUCUCACAAAACAUCUACGAUCAAAGGCUCACUAUAAGCGGUGUGUGGAAAUGGGCAUUGUACCAGUCCCCACUGUGGUUGAUGAAAGUCACGUCAAUGAGGAAGCUCUUGCAUUGCAGGUAAAGAUGGAACAAGAAGGAAGACUUGGUAACCUAGAUGGUGAUGAUGAUGAAGAUGACGACGAUGAUGAUGAUGAAGGGGAUGAAGAUGAUGAUGAUGAUGAGGAUGAAUCUGUGGGAGAUAAUCCCUUUGAGAGUGCUCAUUGUUUACAGAACUAUCAAAGAGAGAGUAGUAGUCAAGAAAUAGAUGACAGAAAAGGUGAUGCCAAAGAAGUCAUAAAAGAUUGCCAUCAUGAAUCUUCCGUUGCUGUGUCAAGAUCUGGUGUAUUAGUCAUGCAAUCAACUAGUCGGAGCUCAACCGAUGCUCUCACAUUUGCUCAUGGUACCAAGGACGGUAAGCUUCAGAAAACUACAACUAGCGUCGAGUCGCCAAUUGAUUUAAGUGUGAAGAGAACACCAGUAGUAAAUUUUUCACCUGUUUUAGACAAAACCUCAUCAGCAAAGAAAUCCCCCAUCCCCAGAAGGCCUAGUUUUUUACCACUGCUGAGCAAGCCAAGCGUAACAGACAUGAGAUCUCCAGCAAACAGUUUAGCAUCUCCUGGCACCCCUUCUACACCUAUUAGAGAGCACGCUUCCGAAAUUUUAUCACCCGUGACCGAGUCGUCAUCCCUUCUUAAAUCUAUUUACAAUACAACAGAGAGAGCUUCACACGUUUCUUUUGAGAAAAAAAAUAUUGUCCCAGAUCCAACCAAGGAGAAUGGCUGUAGUAGUUCCAUGCUACAAGCAUACUUGAAAGAGUGUGCAGUGUUGGAUACUACUAUCAAGAGGCAGCAGUAUAAGGACUCCUCCACUGACACUUCACCAGAUUCACCACAUGGUAGUUUGACAACUCUUUCUGUCUCUAAUGGGUCAAGUACAAUAGCAGAAAAUGCUGAAACAACACACAAGCAAGAAAGUACAAAGAACUGUAAAAAAUCAGAUAAAGAUAGUCAAAAAGAAGGAAAAGAGGAAGAUUCAUGUGGUGGAGCGAGCGAUGAGAAGAGCUCUCGGUGUACAGCGUCUCCCUCCAGCAUUGGCAGUGUUACCAGUACUGCACUCCAGUCUACCACCUCACGGAUGCCGACGCCACCUGCUAAUCUCACCGUCAUGAAUAGUGGUGGCAUUGAUACCAAGACUGCCUUCCUUGUGCCCAGUGGAAUUGUUCCCUCAUCUCUUAACAGACUAGGGAAUGAUGAUGGAAAAUGUAAAUGCAGCAUUUGCCACAAGGAAUUCAAUCGGCAGGCGCAGCUCAGCAUACACAUGAACAUCCACUACAUGGAGAGGCCUUACCGGUGCGAGUCCUGUGCCGUCUCAUUCAGAACCAACGGGCAUCUCCAAAAGCAUAAACGAUCUGUCAGUCAUUUUAACAAGGUGAACAUGAAUAUGACUUUUGGAACUCCAAGUACAAAUAACCCACGGCCCUAUAAGUGCCACGACUGCAAAAUUGCUUUCCGAAUUCAUGGUCAUCUAGCAAAACAUCUUCGUUCAAAGAUGCAUAUAAUGAAGUUGGAGUGCCUUGGAAAACUUCCCUUCGGAACUUAUGCUGAAAUUGAACGGUCCGGCGCUAAUCUGAAUGAGAUCGAUACAACAGAUUGCGAUAAUUCCUUGGAGAGCUUACAGGCCAUGGCAUCACGCUUGUAUAAAAAGGAUCCAAGCAAAUUUGCAGCCUGGCAAAAUCAGCAGGAAAGGCAUCAUCAUCGUGAACGUACGGUUAGCAACUCGUCAACAAAUUCUGAUGACUAUCCAUUACAAGAUGAGCAAGAUGACGCCCUUGCUGGUUGUGGUAACGAUGAUGAUACAGAGGGUGAUGAAGACGAAGACAUACCGGUGCCUGGGGAAACAGGAGGCCUGGGCUUCACGGGAGCUAUGCUUGGGGCUGGUCACGGGGAGCUGCACGCGUCACACACUCGUGCAAUAUCCUCACCUAUUGAGAUUGGCUCUCAACAGCUAACCCAGCCAGUAUUGCAGCCAUACACAUGCGGACUGUGUGAGGCCACAUUUCCAAGCCCUAGUCAGCUGAUGACCCACAGCCAACACCACCUGCCACCCGCAGGCAUGAUGGGUCUCAAGUCCUCGUGACCUGCCCGUCUCGACUCUAGCUUACAACUCUACAAGAAGCAUCUCUCAAGAAUAUUGAAGAAAAUGAGAUGAUCAAGAGUGAUGAAACAGUAGUACAUUUAUCAGCCCUGAAGCCUGAAGACUUCACAUCCAUAUUUGUGUCACUAGGUGCUACUCUUCGUCUAAUACCUGUAAUACUAGAAGCAAUGUUGAAAUUUCACAAAUGACAAGUCCAUGACUCUUAAACACCAAAGUUAAAACUUUAUGGGCCUCCAAAGCCAAUAUGAUCUACUACACCACUUAUGUAAAAGUAGGUAAAAUUGGGGAUUAUAUGUUGAAAUCCAUUAAAUCAUUUCAAGAGAAAGAUAUGUGAUAAUAUUUAUGAAUAUUAUACGUUAUUAAUGUA